AUGAGUAACAAGAAGAUACCUAACAUCAUCACCCGCCCUCUCCCAAACGGCGUAACAUACAACCUUUCAACACCGGGCCGAGUACACAUCACCCUCCCGACAAACUCAACCUGGACAAGUGGCCUCCACUGGCACGAAACACACACCGAGUAUCUCUGCCUCACCAAAGGAUCUAUUUGGGUUCAACUGAAUGACAAACGAGAUAUCUUGACUGUGAAAGAGGGUGAGAGUGCCGAGGUUGAGGUGCCGCCGUAUACAUGGCAUGAAUGGGGACGAGCGAGCUUGGACGGUGACGAUGUGGAAGUUGUUGAGCGAACAGAUCCAGAGGAUGGCGAUAAAGCCGUCUUCUUUUGGAAUUUGAAUGGUGUUAUUCUGGAUGCACCGAAGAUGUUGGCUAAUGCAUGGCUUGCGAGGUUGCCUUCGAGACUUCAAGGGUUGUUUUUGGAUCUAUGGAUUCCGUUGAAUCUGUUUGUCAUCUUUCGGUAUUUGGAUAACGUGCCGGUGUUUCUCAAUGUACAAAAGCUCUUAUCCGUUUCAAAUGAGCGUAUGAGGGCUCGGCUGAAAGACAUCGACAUCACUGUGUCGCACUUUGUUCUGUGGAUCGCAUCUUGGGUUGGAUGGAUGAUUGGUCUACAGCCUGUUCAGACUCGGUACACGCCUGAUAAUGAGUACAUGGAGUGGUACAUGAGACAGAGAAAGUACAAGUAG